GAAAAGAAGGGGAUGAAUUUUGCUUAAUUCACCUGCUUUUCUCUGUAAGUUGAUUGAGAUAUGCUUCCUCUAGGAGCGGAAGGAGCUUCAGUUUGAGUUCUUCUUUUCAAGAUUUGGUUUGCGGGAUGGUUUGUUGAUUAUCUGAAUUGUUGUGAAUCCUGGAAUUUGCUGGAAUUCGGUCUGACUCUUUCGAAUUCUCCUUUCUGUCCUGUUUUUGAUGGAGGAAAACCGACGAGCUCUGAUGCUGAAUGCACCGUUCUUCUCCUCCAGGUACUAUUCUAUGUAUGGGCAUGUGGAAAGAUUGGCAGAAGAGAUAAAAAAGGGAGCCGAUUCAGUUUCAGGAGUGGAAGCUUUCUUGUGGCAGGUUCCAGAAACACUUCCCAAGGAAGUGCUUAUAAAAAUGAAUGUUCCUCCGAGAUCUGAAGUUCCAACUAUUCAACCACGUCAGCUAGUUGAGGCCGAUGCACUGAUAUUUGGAUUCCCCACCCGUUAUGGAAUGAUGGCAGCUCAGUUUAAAGCUUUUAUGGAUGCAACUGGAGGUUUGUGGAAAGAGCAAGCGCUCGCUGGGAAACCAGCAGGAUUAUUCUAUAGCACAGGAUCUCAGGGUGGUGGCCAGGAGACUACACCGUUAACAGCCAUUACCCAGUUGGUGCAUCAUGGACUGGUAUAUGUUCCCAUAGGCUACACAUUUGGGGCUGGAAUGUUCGAGAUGAAUGAAGUAAAGGGUGGAGGCCCUUAUGGAGCAGGAACAUUUGCUGGGGAUGGCACUCGCCAGCCAUCAGAACUGGAGUUACAACAAGCAUUUCAUCAGGGGAGGUACACUGCUCUAAUAGCCAAGAAAAUGAAUGGAGCUUCUUAGUCUACUCGAGUGAUGGUUCUGGAAAUGCCUUGGAAACAUUGUAUUCUUGGAAAACAUGAUCCAAGAACAUGACGUUCUUGUUUCAGGAAUCAGUGUUAAUAUGUCUAGCAUUUGAUUGUUGAAUUUAUGAAUAAUAUUCCCAAUCAGAUUUUCUUUUCUGAAACAAGGGCAGGGAGUUUUUGGAUGAUGUAUUCCAAAAACACUGUUCUUCUUAUCAAAAGGCCUCUUGCUUUUGUCACUCGUCAUGCUCAGAGAUAAUAAUGUAAAAAGUUGAUUGCUCAUGACAUUGAAUAGGAAUAGCUGAUGUAAUGACAGUCUCCAUGUUAGAGA